GCGGGCGGGAGACACACAACUACAACCGCUCCUCCCACCCACCAAUCGACCGCCAAUCGACCACCGCCCUCGGUUCGACAACGAACAAGGCGGAAGAAGAAGACAUGACGGGGACGCUGGAUGUGAAGCAGCAGCAGCAGCAGAGGAAGAGGGGUAGCCAUGUGUCACCUGGAAGAGGGAGCUCGCACCACCGCCACGAGUUGCUGCACGCGGCGGCGCGGCGGCGAAGCAGCAUCCACAACCUGAACAACCUGAACACGCUGCAACGACAGCAUGUCCUGAUCAAGGAAGGCAAGAUGGCGCUGCGAUACCGAAAGAAGCGACGGAGGCAGAGCAUCGCCGCGGCUGAGGCAGAAGCCGAGGCGGAGGGAAGACCGUUCCUUGGGUGCUUUGGCUGGACCAUGUACAAGCUCGCGGUUGCCAGGCAGCAGCUUGGCGCGGCUGUCAACGUCUUCAUCUCCCACCCGUGGGUGGCCGGCAGCCUCAGGGCCAUUGCCAGCAAGGCAGGCAGUGCCGUGAGCAGCUUCUUUGAGCUGUACGCGUUCCUGUUCAAGCUCAACCUGCUGUUUGCCGUGUGCUGGUCUUGCUUUGUCGUGCUGCCCAUGGCGCUCACCUCCGUCUCAGAGGAGAACAACGAGGACGAGGGCACCUUUGGCGACACCGUGCUGGGCGGCCUCCUCGCCGGCACCGGCAGCUUCAAGACCUCCAUCCUGUUCUACGGUCACUACGUCUCCGGCGACGUGCAGCGCAACUACGAUCUCCCGCUCGCGUACUUCUCCGUCAUCAUCUUCACCUUCUUCCUCACCCUACUCAUCCUGGUGUACACGCUGGGGCGCCUGCACCGCCGCAACGUCAUCUACCACACCCUGUACCAGGAAACGCGAAUCGGCACGCAGGUGCUUGCCUCCUGGGACCACACCAUCACCACCCGCGCUGGCACGGAACGGCAGCACUCGCGGUGCACCCUGCUAUGCAAGGAGAUGUACAACGAGUAUCUCCGGCGCCGCAACCGCCAGGACGUGCCGCCCAUCUGGGGCAUCAUCCCUGCCCCAACCUCCACCGUGGGCAGCUUUGCGCUCACCGUGCUGGUCACCCUCGUCUUCCUCGGUGGCGUUGGUGCGGGCGCGUACUUCCUGCACGUGCUGCAGGAGAGCGAGGCCGGCACCACGUCCUACUGGCGGUCGCUGCUCACGCCCUUUGUUUGCACUGCCAGCGCGUGGAUCAUCCCCGUCGUGCAGCAGCCCUUCCGCGCAUUCACCACCUUCAAGAACUCGCUCAUCCGCAUGUGGUGGGACGUCACAGUCAUGUUUGUGGCGACAGCGGGCGUCUUUGGCACGUACCUGGGCACCUUUGUCUUCCUCUACACGCCCAACACGGACGCGUGCUGGGAGACGCGCCUUGGGCAGGAGCUGUACCGCCUGGUCAUCUUCGAUGCCGUCUUCCGCACCACCAUCGACAUUCUGUGGCUGGCCGCUGUGCCGCUUGCAUGCCGCUUCCUCAAGCGCAGCCCCCCGCGCGUGAACGUGGGCGCGCUGUUCGUCGGCGCAGCUUACAGCCAGGCGCUGCUGUGGAUUGGGUUCCCCUUUGUGCCCCUGUUGCCGGCCAUCUCCCUCGGUCUGGGCAUCGUUCGCUUCUACAUCAAGCAGGCCAUUGUGCUCUACGCGUCGUCGCACCCGUACACCGUCAUCCGCUUGUCGCAGGAAUCGUACAUGAAGGCGACGCUGUUCACGUACCUGUUUUCGACCGCCUUUGGCUGCCUCAUCAUCUUCACCCGCCCGCCGGGCGACUGCGGGCCGUUCCAGCUCACGGGCAGCCGCAUCUACCACAUUGUCAAGCAGCGUGUUGACGACGGCGACUCCACCGUUGCGCGCGGGUGGGACUAUGUGUUCCUCCGCGGCGCCGCCGUGCCGGUCAUCUUCGCCCUCAUCCUGGCUGUGCUGUACCUGACGUACCGCCACCGCGCCAAGCGGCUGCUGGUGGAGGAGAUGAAGUACGCCCUCGAUCGCGAGCAGGACGACUUCCGCAAGCUGCUGCGCAAGAAGCGGGUCACCACGCACCCGGCGCACCUACACCCGGCGUUGGCCCACCGCGCAGAUGGCGCGGGCAGCAGCGCAUCGCCCCACUCGCACCGACGAACCACCAGGCGCAAGCACCGCUCGCAUCACUCUCGGCACUCCCACCACUCCCGCCACUCGCGACACUCCCACCACGGCCACGAUCACAGCAAGCACGGCGCCAGCAAAUACGGUGGUGGGCGAGCGACGUCGUUGUCUCCUGCCACGACCGUCGCGGUGUCGGAGAUUGCUGCAUCGGCCAUCACAGAGGAACCCGCGCGCCAGGAACACAAAGCGCUGCCGACCAUUGAGCUGACGGCGUCUUCCGAGGCCGGGGCUGUCCCCAUCGAGCUUGACAACAUGACUGGACAAGUGGCAGACAACAGCCACCAGCAACAGCCGUAUACAGAUGACGCCCAGUCAGCGUACACUUGCGGGCUGUCUACAUCAACAGCUUUCUGACAUCCCUGGUUGUGAACAUGCAUGCCUGUGUGUUUAUACGAGCGUGUGUGUGUAUGUGUGUGUGUGUGUGUGUGUGUGUGUGUGUGUGUGUGUGUGUGUGUG